AGAAGCUUGCAGUGACCUGUCAUCAUCAUCAUGUUUCGGCCCAAACCGACUCUGAAGGACCGGCAGCACCUGUACAAACUCAUCAUCAGCCAGCUGCUCUAUGAUGGAUACACCAGCAUCGCCAACAGCCUCGUGAAUGAGGUGAAGCCCCAGAGCGUGGUGUCCCCAUCCGAGCAGCUCAUGCAGCUGGCAAAGAUAGGGAUGGAGAAUGAUGACAGUACUGUUCAGUAUGCUAUUGGACGCUCAGACACAGUGGCCCCAGGCGUUGGCAUUGAUCUGGAGUUUGAUGCAGAYGUGCAGACCAUGUCCCCAGAGGCUUCAGAGUACGAGACCUGCUACGUGACGUCUCACAAGGGCCCGUGCCGCGUGGCCACGUACAGCCGGGACGGGCAGCUCAUUGCCACUGGUUCUGCUGACGCCUCCAUCAAGAUUCUGGAUACGGAGCGCAUGCUGGCUAAAAGUGCCAUGCCCAUAGAGGUGAUGAUGAAUGAAACGGCGCAGCAGAACAUGGAGAACCACCCYGUGAUUCGGACCCUCUACGACCACGUUGAUGAAGUCACCUGUCUGGCCUUCCAUCCCACUGAACAGAUCCUGGCCUCUGGCUCCAGAGACUACACCUUGAAACUGUUUGAUUAUUCAAAGCCCUCWGCAAAGAGAGCCUUUAAGUACAUCCAGGAAGCAGAAAUGCUGCGUUCGAUCUCCUUCCACCCCUCUGGUGAUUUUUUGCUGGUGGGAACACAGCACCCCACCCUACGUCUCUACGACACCAAUACCUUCCAGUGCUUUGUGUCCUGCAACCCGAUGGAUCAACACACCGACACCAUCAGCAGCGUCAGCUACAACCCAUCUGCUAACAGCUACGUCAGCUGCAGCAAGGACGGGAGCAUCAAACUGUGGGACGGUGUCUCCAACCGCUGUGUGUCCACAUUCGAGAAGGCACACGAUGGAGCAGAGGUCUGCUCCGCUAUCUUCUCCAAGAACUCCAAGUACAUUUUGUCCAGUGGAAAAGACUCUGUGGUGAAACUCUGGGAGAUUUCUACAGGCCGGACACUGGUGAAGUACACAGGUGCGGGUCUGAGUGGCCGUCAGAUGCAUCGUACUCAGGGUGUGUUCAACCACACAGAGGACUACGUGCUGCUGCCUGAUGAGCGCACCAUCAGCCUCUGCUGCUGGGACUCAAGAACGGCUGAGAGGAAGAACCUACUGUCUCUGGGCCACAACAACAUUGUCCGUGCCAUUGUCCACUCUCCUACUAACCCUGGCUUCAUGACGUGUAGUGAUGACUUCAGGGCCCGCUUCUGGUAUCGUCGCACCACCACAGACUGAGUGUGAACUUCACUGAAAUUUUCUUUGAGCUGUCAGGAGGCAUCAUCUUCUUAACCAACAAUGUCUUUCUCUUUAAAAUUGUGUCCAUCUACCUGUACAUUUCUAAAGAACAGAAAAGGAUGUUUGUUGCAAAACCUUGAGUAAAAACAAAAAACAGUGGUUGCUGUUUCCUUAAAACGAAAUUCUGCAACCGUGAAGUGAGUAAAACCACCAGACUUCAGUUUUGUUGAAUGGAAAGUAUGACCUCUGACAGCUCAGUUCAGAGACAUGUCAUGUUUUUCACUGACCUGUCAGAAUUAACUGCAAAUGAAUUCUGGCUUUUUGAUUUUCCUUUUUGUCUUUGUUCUUUCAUGUAGUUUGUAUUUUUAAUAAAAAGCUAAAAGAAA